ACGCGCGGAGGGGCAGCUGCUGCUGGGAUGGUGGGAGCUGGCAGGAGGGCUGGGGGGCUCACACAGUGACCGAGGGUCUCACCCGACACCCCAACAUGAGACUUCUGUGCCUCCUCAUCAACUGCCUGCCGCUGCUGCCGGCCAUCCAAGGAGCACAAGGAAAAUAUGCCUACAAGCUGAUGAACGAUUUGUUUGCCAACUACUCCAACGCGCUGCGUCCGGUGGAAGACAUGGACAAGGUCCUCAACGUGACUCUGCAGGUCACCCUGUCUCAGAUCAUUGACAUGGACGAGCGGAACCAGAUCCUGAUGGCGUACCUGUGGAUCCGUCAGGUGUGGUUUGACGCCUACCUGCGCUGGAACAAGGAUGAUUAUGAUGGCCUCGAUACCAUCCGUAUACCUAGCAGUUAUGUAUGGAGACCUGAUAUAGUCCUAUAUAACAACGCUGAUGACCAGUUCACGGGCUCCAUGGAAACCAAUGUCGUCAUUCGAUACGAUGGUCAGAUCAUGUGGGACUCUCCGGCCAUCACCAAGAGCUCCUGCAAGGUCGACGUCUCCUUCUUCCCAUUUGACGGCCAGCAGUGCCGCUUAACCUUUGGCUCCUGGACGUACAACGGCAACCAGAUCGAUAUCCUGAAUCACUUAGACACGGGGGACCUGACCGACUUUGUGGAAAACGUGGAGUGGGAGAUUCUCGGCAUGCCGGCUAAGAAGAAUGUUAUCACCUAUGGGUGCUGCUCGGAGCCGUACCCAGAUGUGACCUACACGCUCAUACUCAAGAGGAGAGCCUCGUUUUACAUCUUUAACCUGCUCCUCCCCUGUGUAAUGAUUUCAUUCCUUGCACCCCUAGGGUUCUAUCUUCCUGCCGACUCCGGGGAGAAGGUCUCUUUGGGGGUCACCGUCCUUUUGGCUCUAACUGUGUUUCAGCUCCUAGUGGCAGAAAGCAUGCCGCCCUCAGAAAAUGUGCCACUCAUUGGAAAGUAUUACAUAGCCACCAUGACGAUGAUCACGGCAUCUACUGCGCUGACCAUAUUCAUAAUGAACAUACAUCACUGCGGGCCGGAGGCAAAGCCGGUUCCCAAGUGGGCAAAGAAGUUCAUCCUGAAGUACAUGUCGCGGAUAUUCUUCGUGUACGAGGUGGGUGAGAGCUGUAAGAGGCCUACAUCGGAACCCAAGCCUGAGAAGAUUCCCAAGGUCCAGGUGAUGAAUGGACAGGCCAAACGCAAGGAAACCGCAGCCAUACUCAAGAACUGCCCAGACAACAUCGGUCCCAAGGGUACGGAGAAGGUGGAAGGCGCCCAUGGCUUGGGCAGUCCUUCCAACGAUGAUCAACAUGGUGCAUGGAAAGAGAAUGGCAAAUACGUUAACUCUGAAAUGAGCGGCGGCUGGAAGGAGAGCGGUUACUCAGAGUGUCCCAAGAGCCAUUGCUUGUGCCACAACGAGCGCCUGCUCAAAAACAUUGAAUACAUGGCCAACUGUUUCCGAGAGCAAAAGGCAGCUCAGAAACGGACAGGGGAGUGGAAGAAGGUAGCCAAAGUCAUGGACAGGUUCUUCAUGUGGGUUUUCUUCAUUAUGGUCUUUUUCAUGAGUGUUCUGAUCAUGGGGAAAGCCAUCUGAUGGACCCUCAUCCACAAGAUCUUCAGCAGCAUCUCGUCGUGGUCCAUACAGUGUAAAUCUACUGGUCUUCAGUUCCAUCCUGUACGUAACGAAGCCAUAGUUCCAGUCCGCAUGAUGCCUCCUGAUAAUAACAAGACGGGGGGGCUGGUCGAUAUGUAUGUUACAGCAAUAAACGUGGUCGUAUCUCACA